AUGUCUUCUUUCAUCAACAGCGAAAACGACAAUGUUAUCAGCAUUAGUAGCAGCACUAGCUAUAGAUGCUUUCUGAAUUGUGAUAUCUAUUAUCAGGAGGCACCAUUAUGUAACAGAUCAACUGAAAGUCGUAUGUACUUGGAUGAGAGCCGUUAUUCUAGAUGGAGGUGUAAUGGAAUUAUUGUUGACAAUAUUACCGGUAACAGAUGCUGUAAUGGCAAGGAAAUGACAGUCAGAAGGGAUAGUUUUUUUCACAAUAAAAGAAUCAGUGUGCGCCAAGUGAUGGCUAUUCUCUAUGGUUGGUCUUUGCAAAUGAGAAGAUCCAGAAUUGCUGAUUUCGCCCAGUGUACAAUUGACACUGUCAACAGAACGAUUUUGGACCGGUACCAAAUGACACAAGAGGAUAUCCAGGAGAACGACUGCGUUAUAGGUGGAAUUGACGCAGAAGGAAAUCCAAUCGUUGUUGAAAUUGAUGAAAGCAAGUUCGGAAAAAGGAAGUACAAUCGUGGACAUCAUGUCGAAGGUGUUUGGGUAGUAGGUGGUGUGGAGCUAACUCCUGAAAGAAAAUGCUUCCUUGUGGUUGUUCCCAAUCGAACUGCCGAUACGUUAACAACCAUCAUACGACGUUUUACUGUUGGACUGGUUACAGCAACCUCGAAAGUCUGGGUUAUGUACAUAGAACUGUAA